GUAAAAACUCAGAUAUCAGGGCUGCUACGUCUGUACUGACCUCUGGUCCUUUAGCAGAUGCUUGAUUACCCAGGAAUUGUAGUAUAUUUUGUACACCCUGAUCCUGGGAUGAGCCAGGCUCCGGGACUUGCGUUGGAUGCUUUGAUAAGGGCGCAUCUGAAUCCGAGUCCGUCCCUGUACUCUCCAACGACUCACCUAAAAAACAUUUUCACUUGAACUAUCUAAAAGUUGCAGCAAUUUCUGUAAUUUUUUUCUGUGUUUACGCGUCACUUUCUUUGUUACGCGACCCAUCUUUCUC